AUGGUGUCAGAGAAAGAACCAUCCAUCGACCAUACACUUGUUCCAGGUGAACAUAGUGUAGGUGGGGGAGAUCAAACAAUGAUACUAAACACAUACACAGGGCUCCCUGAAGAUGGGAGGCAGCAGAAAACUGUAAAGUUGGCCGCAAGACCAAGUCAUACUUUAUUUCAUCUAACCGAUAACCAAAUAACUUCUGUUGCAGGUGCAAUGGCCGGAUUUUGUGCUGGUGUUGCAGUUUGUCCUUUAGACGUUGCAAAGACAAGACUUCAGGCCCAAGGCUCAUACUUGAAAGAUAUGAAAAGACUGCCUGCGGAAACGCUGGCGAAGUUCAACCAGGUAAAAUACAGAGGGCUUCUUCAUUCAAUGUCGCUUAUCUGGAAAGAGGAGGGAUUUAGGGGAUUAUAUAGGGGUUUAGUGCCCAUAACACUAGGAUACUUUCCUUCUUGGAUGAUUUACUUCACCUGCUACGAGCACUCAAAAAGAUGGUACGGAAAACUGAUUGAUGAUGACAACUUGAGCUAUUUUAUGAGCGCCAUCACUUCAGGUGCGGCCUCAACCACACUCACCAAUCCAAUCUGGGUGGUGAAAACUAGAAUGAUGCUACAAAUGGACAACGGUAAAACAAUCUAUGAUCGUUUGCCGGUUGAGGCCGAAAAAUCCACAGGCAUGUCUCUUCGCACAAGACAGUGGUAUAAUGGAACUUUUGACGCUUUCAGGAAAAUGUAUAAACAAGAGGGAAUAGGUGCAUUUUACAGAGGUCUUCUUCCUUCUUACUUUGGUUUAGCCCAUGUUGCAAUUCAGUUUCCACUGUAUGAGAACUUGAAGAAAUGGUUUGACAUCCAGGAUUAUAUGUCUCCAAACAUUAAAGAGCGUGAUUUCUCGAUGUUUCUACGAUUUGUUCUAGCCUCAUGCAUGUCAAAGAUGUUUGCCAGUGCAAUCACAUAUCCACAUGAAAUUAUUAGGACUCGGCUGCAGAUGUAUAGUAACACAAAUCUCGGCGAGAAUCAGCUUGUAGGGGUGCUAAAGAGCAUUAAGUCAAUUUAUUUGACUGAAGGUAUACGGGGAUUUUAUAGUGGAUUUGUGGUAAAUCUAGCUAGAACUGUUCCUGCCAGUGCCAUCACCAUGGUUUCCUUCGAAUACUUUAAGAAAGUACUACAGAAGUUUAAAGAGUGA